AUGUCAGCCGCGAGACUUCCUCGUACGGUCUUGCUCCUAUGGUUUUUCUACACGCUCUAUCAGGUCUCCUUCAAAAACUUCAAACCUGUGCCCACACUGUACUUCUCCUACAUCCAACCUGAUAUUCCCAAUCCGUACGACGCCUUCUCCACUAUCUCCGAUGGUGCUCCAACCAACAUGUCCACCGAUGCUCGGAGGAUUCCGACUCCUUCUCCUCUUCCUGCCAUCUUCCCGCAACCGUUUAAGUUUGUGGGCGAUCGACAUUGGUUCAAGACUGACUUGGAAUUAUGCCACAACGCCCCAAUCAGCAGAUUUCUCCAUCCAGAAGGUUAGAUUCAUCGGUUUUUCGAACUGGCCGCUCAUUUCAUUCACUUCUGCUUUCAGAUGCCUAUUGUCAAACUGAAAUUGUUGGUUUUAAUGUGUACAGAGUGGAAUUCAUGAGUUCGGAGCCGAUCUACAUCAUUCACAAUGUGUUUUCGGAAAGCCAAAUCAGAGAAUUUCUCGAUUUUGAGAGUGAAUUCACGCCCGCUAAGCCGGUAAACAAAUGUUUUGUAAGUUAAUAAUCGGCGCCUCUCUUCUCAGAUAGUAGCAAACCAUAAUUCUGACGGAAUUCAAGCCAGGGGCAUUGAAAUUCCCAUCAAACUGUACGAGCUGACCAAAUUAUUCUUGGCAACUGCAAAGGCGGCCAUUGGAUUCCGAAUGCAAGAUAUCGAGGGAAUUCAGGUGAAACUUUACGUGAAAGAUACCGUGAAAAUGAUAAUAGUUUGUUUCAGAUAGUGACGUUUGGCCCCGGAGGACAUCAUGCGUACCAUUCCGACUUUCUGACCCCUACCAACAAUACUACAAAGAAUAAGGAACUGAAACUUCGCGGGAAUCGAGUUUUAACCAUCGUCGUUCUGCUCAAGGAGGCCGAGUCUGGCGGUGAGAUUAUGUUCCCGGAUGCCGGCGUCGCUCUGAAAAUGGCGAUCGGUGACCUCGCGUAUUGGUAUAACAUGGAAGAGAACGGAAAAAAGGUACGGUUCUCGUGUAAUUUUACAAUCAUUACAAAAUGCCUGUUUUUCAGGAAGAAAGAACGUCGUACGGCCAUUGUCCCGUUUACGCCGGCGAAAUAAAAGUGGCGAAAAUGUUCUUGCGGAUGACGACUGCAGAUUUUAAACAAUUGAGCAGUAGCUAA